AGGGACACAUAACGUACAUGGGUCACCUACUCCUAAUAAUCCGAUAACUUAAAACAUGCCUCUCAACUUCAAACUCAAAGUUAUAAAAGUUCCAAAAUUUCCAUGCUCUAUAUACACCUAAUGUAAAAGCAGGCUAUCUUUCUUUGAAUUAAUCUAACAUAUAAUAAAACACACAUGUUUAUCUCCAAUUCCUCUUCCGGAAAUCUCGUUGUGGCCGUUGCUCUCCUCUUUGUCGGCGCUCUAUAUGUCUGCUUCUCCUCACGUUUGAUCUCUGAUCCUAUCUCCGGUCUAGGACACAUUGGUAACCCUCUGAGAACGAUCAAGUUACCGGUGAACGAGCUAGAGUCGGCGCUGGACAGUGCGGCAAUAGGAAACAACAAGACGGUGAUAAUAACGAUGGUGAACAAAGCGUAUGUGGAGGAGGUUGAAGGAGGGAGGACGAUGUUGGAUCUGUUUCUAGAGAGUUUAUGGGAAGGAGAGGGUACCGUGUCACUUCUGGACCAUCUGAUGGUGGUGGCAGCGGAUCAGACGGCCUACGAUCGCUGCCGCUUCAGGAGGCUACACUGCUACAAGAUGGAGACAGAGGGAGUUGACUUGCAGGGAGAGAAAGUCUACAUGUCAAACGAUUUCAUUGAGAUGAUGUGGCGGAGGACUCAAUUGCUCCUAGACGUCCUCCGCCGUGGCUACCAUCUCAUUUUCACGGACACUGAUGUGAUGUGGCUAAGGAACCCCUUCUCCCGGCUAAGCAACAACGGGACCCUGGAUAUGCAGAUAAGUGUGGACAGCGGCAUAGGAGGACACUUGGUAAACACUGGCUUCUACUACGUCCGUUCCAACAAUAGGACCAUCUCUCUUUUCCAGAAAUGGUACGACAUGAGACUCAACUCCACGGGCAUGAAGGAACAAGACGUCCUCAAGAAGCUUCUCGACUCAGGUUUCUUCAACCAGCUCGGUCUCACUGUUGGCUUCCUCAGCACCACCCACUUCAGCGGUUUCUGCCAAGAUAGCACUGACAUGGGCGCUGUCACCACCGUUCACGCCAACUGCUGCCGUCACAUCUCUGCCAAAGUCUUUGAUCUCACUCUUGUUCUUCGUGACUGGAAACGCUACAAAGCCUCACAUGUCAACACCAAGUGGAGCCCCCAUGCUAAAUGCUGGAGUUCAUGGAAUGAUACCCAAUAUACCCCCAAAACCUGAGCUUCUUGUCUAUUUAUGGUAAUGAGAUUGUGUCUAUAUACGUACACACGACAAAAUUAAUUACAUACAUCUCUUCUUUCUUCA